CUUUGACACUUGUCAUUAAUUCACUAUGAGCUAAAUUUGUAUUUUGUGGUUGUAUGUGAAUUAUAAAUAAAAUUGAAAUUUGAUAUUUCAUAUUUUGUUAUUAAACAAGUAUGAAUUCAGGUACGAAUAAAAUGGAUUCAAACCUAACAGGUUUGUGGGUGAACUUCUUCACUGCUGCAGGGAUCCCAUCGGAAGUAGCUGCCACAUACGCCCUUACCUUUACAGAAAAUAGAAUACAGAAUGACAUGCUGCUGGAUUUAAACAAAGAAUAUCUAAGAGACAUGGGAAUAGUAAGAAUGGGGGAUAUCAUAGCUAUAUUAAGACAUGCCAAACAAGUCCACGAGAAUACUGCCAGGGAUAAAGUUCUGAGCACCACCACAGUAGCCAACAAGGUCCCUGUGGCUGCAGUGACCGGACGAUCAACUGUGACACAGCCAUCAUCCCCUGCCAGCAGAAUUCUAGAACAUUACACUCGAAAUCCAUCACGGGACACAUCUCCUGUGACUGUGGUGCAGCAGAAGAGGAAAUCAAAUGAAAUGGACCCAGAGACAGAUCUGAGCAUCAAAAAGGCGAGGCUGAUCCGCUUUAGCGCCACACAACCAACACAGGCAUUGCCCACGAAAGAAACAUCACAAAGUAAAACAGUGUUUGCUCGGCUCGGAUCCACAAAUCAGUUGGAAAGCAAACCAGCUCAGAAGGAGACCAAUAAGCAGGUUUUUUCGCGCCUCGGCUCCAAAGAUAAACCAGACGCGGUCAUGCCCAUAGAGAAAGAUGCGCUCAAAUAUGAGGGUAUUUUGAAAAGCCCGCCCGUCGUGAAAAGAAGCUUCACAGUCACCACAACCAAGAAUAAUGUUAGAAAAAUUGUCGUUGGCCGCACAAUGCGCGCGGACGAAACACCAAUCAGCGUUAAGGAAAAGCUCGCCGUUUCCAAAGCCAAGUCGGUGAAAUUUUCAAAUCGUGUCGAGUACAAGGAAAUUGAAACCAGCCAGAAUCAAGCGAAACCCAAAUUCACACCUGUGUUUAAUAAACCCGAAAGGAGGUUGUCUAUCCCAGAAACGAAUAGCGUUAAAGCAAGGCUUGGUGCUAAAAAUGAUAAAGUUACCAUCACAACAAAUAUUUUUAAACGACUUGGAGUGUGAUGUAGAUCACAUUUGCAAUAAAACUGUAAAUAUUUUUCGUCCUAAUUAACUUUGACAGUUCGUGGUGUCUAUGGUUAGAUAAAAAAAAUAAAAAAUAAAUGAAGAUUGCCAGUUGCCAGUAUCAAAUGAGGAACAAUUUACAUAGUUUAUGUAGGAAAACCUACCAAAUAAUUAUGUAUACUGUGAUAUUACACAUGACGCAUCACGUUUUUGUUUUAUCUGUAUAUAGUAGUGAUACAUUCAUCUUGGAUGGUUGGUUUAAAGAAAGUAAAUUGUGAAUCGGUUAAAAAUGUGACCGCAAAAUAGAAUUAAGACUUAACAUAAAUGUGUAGACAGUAGACAUGUAUUGUAUACAGUGAUUUUCUUUGAAAUCGAAGCUUUUGAUUUUCAAUUAUAAUAAGUUUUCUUUAGUUCGUUUGAAAUUAAUUUUGUAGUGUGCUUCUGUGAUGUAUUGUGUUAUAUAUAACUGAUAUUUGUUUCUUAUCAGGUUUCGCAGAUCCAUGUGAGAGAUUUAUAUGUAAAUAAAAAGCGAAUCGUCUCAUCCGUGGUUUUCCUCAAUACAGAGUACACUUAAUAUAAGCAAUGAUCUAAACGAUAGUAAAUAGCCUCUGAUAAUAAUCUAUUCAAAGAUUGACAUUGACAGUAUCCAUCCUCUGCGGGAUCGGGAAUUGCCAAUAAAGAAUAAGAAGAUGUGAGCCACGUGGCUUAAUUUGAUAUUGCUUUGUGUUUAUAACUUAAAAGGUGGCUAAUGAAAGUGCAUUUGUAUUUUAUAAUUUAAACAUUGUGUUUAGCAAUACGUUAUAUUUUAUUUGUAUUAAAGAUAAUUUGUUUUUCUUGACAUGUUCUGUUUAGUUUAGUGCAUAAUGUAAGUUUGUAUAUUAGUCAAUAACUCGGUAACAUGAAAAU